CUUGGUGACAGGAGGAGGGCUGGGAGAUGCAAGUGUGACCUGAGCGUGCAAGGGAUACAACUGAGAAGCGUUAUGGGAAGCGGACUGGUGUCCGCACGUCCGGCCGUCCAUCCGUCCGUCCCUCCUGGGGCCGGCGCUGACCAUGCCCAACGGCUGCCGCUGCCUACAUCUCGUGUGCCUGCUGUGCAUCCUGGGGGCACCCGUUCAGCCUGCCCGAGCCGAUGACUGCAGCUCCCACUGUGACCUGGCCCACGGCUGCUGUGCGCCUGACGGCUCCUGCAGGUGUGACCCAGGCUGGGAGGGGCUGCACUGUGAGCGCUGUGUACGGAUGCCUGGUUGCCAGCAUGGUACCUGCCACCAGCCCUGGCAGUGCAUCUGUUACAGUGGCUGGGCGGGCAAGUUCUGUGACAAAGAUGAGCACAUCUGCACCACGCAGUCCCCCUGCCUGAACGGAGGCCAGUGCGUAUAUGAUGGCGGUGGCGAGUAUCAUUGUGUGUGCCCACCAGGCUUCCAUGGGCAUGACUGUGAGCGCAAGGCUGGACCCUGCGAGCAGGCAGGCAACCCAUGCCGGAAUGGCGGGCAGUGCCAGGAUGACCAGGGCUUUGCCCUCACUUUCACGUGCCGCUGCUUGGCAGGCUUUGUGGGUGCCCGCUGUGAGGUGAAUGCAGACGACUGUCUGAUGCGGCCCUGUGCCAAUGGCGCCACCUGCCUGGAUGGCAUAAACCGCUUCUCCUGCCUCUGCCCUGAGGGCUUUGCUGGACGCUUCUGCACCAUCAACCUGGAUGACUGUGCCAGCCGCCCAUGCCAGAGAGGAGCCCGCUGUCGGGACCGCGUCCAUGACUUUCACUGUCUCUGCCCCAGUGGCUAUGGUGGCAAGACCUGUGAGCUAGUCUUACCUGUCCCAGAUCCCACCACCACAGCAGGCAUUCCCCUGGGGCCCACCUCGGCUGUGGUGGCACCUGCCACAGGGCCUGUCCCCCACAGUGUGGGGGCUGGUCUGCUGCGCAUCUCAGUGAAGGAGGUGGUGCGGAGGCAGGAGGCCGGGCUAGGUGAGUCUAGCCUGGUGGCCGUGGUGGUAUUUGGGGCCCUCACUGCUGCCCUGGUCCUGUCCACAGUGUUGCUGACCCUGAGGGCCUGGCGCCGAGGUGUUUGCCCUGCUGCGCCCUGUUGCUACCCUGCCCCACACUAUGCCCCGGCGUGUCAGGACCAGGAGUGCCAGGUUAGCAUGCUGCCGGCGGGGCUCCCCUUACCCCCUGACCUGCCCCCAGAGCCUGGAAAGACUACUGCACUGCAGCUGCUGGAACAGCGAGUGGGGCCGGCUGCGCAGGGCGGCAGGGGAGUCCAGCUCUACGACCCUGCCUGCUUGCAGCACCAGCACCCGGUCCGAGUUCAGGAUCGUGUUGAGCCUGUGUGGGAGAAGGUGACCCUGACCCCUCCGGGCCGACUGCGUUCCCAGUCGCGGCCCCUCGCGCUCCCUGACCUCGCCCCGCGCCUCCCAUCCUUCGCCUCCUUGCCAGAGAGCUCGCUCCAGGGUUCUUGCUUCCAACCCUCUCUCCUGCUCAACCCUUCCCCGCACCCGCCCUCCCGCUGCUCCCAUUCCCUUCUGUCUGGACGCCCCUCUCGCUCCUCGGCUCCUGUCACUCGGAACCGGAAUCCGUGCCGCUAUCCCCGCGUCCGGCCGCCUGCCAGCCUGAGCUGUCCCACCCACAGGUGUCCGCACGUCCGGCCGUCCAUCCGUCCGUCCCUCCUGGGGCCGGCGCUGACCAUGCCCAACGGCUGCCGCUGCCUACAUCUCGUGUGCCUGCUGUGCAUCCUGGGGGCACCCGUUCAGCCUGCCCGAGCCGAUGACUGCAGCUCCCACUGUGACCUGGCCCACGGCUGCUGUGCGCCUGACGGCUCCUGCAGGUGUGACCCAGGCUGGGAGGGGCUGCACUGUGAGCGCUGUGUACGGAUGCCUGGUUGCCAGCAUGGUACCUGCCACCAGCCCUGGCAGUGCAUCUGUUACAGUGGCUGGGCGGGCAAGUUCUGUGACAAAGAUGAGCACAUCUGCACCACGCAGUCCCCCUGCCUGAACGGAGGCCAGUGCGUAUAUGAUGGCGGUGGCGAGUAUCAUUGUGUGUGCCCACCAGGCUUCCAUGGGCAUGACUGUGAGCGCAAGGCUGGACCCUGCGAGCAGGCAGGCAACCCAUGCCGGAAUGGCGGGCAGUGCCAGGAUGACCAGGGCUUUGCCCUCACUUUCACGUGCCGCUGCUUGGCAGGCUUUGUGGGUGCCCGCUGUGAGGUGAAUGCAGACGACUGUCUGAUGCGGCCCUGUGCCAAUGGCGCCACCUGCCUGGAUGGCAUAAACCGCUUCUCCUGCCUCUGCCCUGAGGGCUUUGCUGGACGCUUCUGCACCAUCAACCUGGAUGACUGUGCCAGCCGCCCAUGCCAGAGAGGAGCCCGCUGUCGGGACCGCGUCCAUGACUUUCACUGUCUCUGCCCCAGUGGCUAUGGUGGCAAGACCUGUGAGCUAGUCUUACCUGUCCCAGAUCCCACCACCACAGCAGGCAUUCCCCUGGGGCCCACCUCGGCUGUGGUGGCACCUGCCACAGGGCCUGUCCCCCACAGUGUGGGGGCUGGUCUGCUGCGCAUCUCAGUGAAGGAGGUGGUGCGGAGGCAGGAGGCCGGGCUAGGUGAGUCUAGCCUGGUGGCCGUGGUGGUAUUUGGGGCCCUCACUGCUGCCCUGGUCCUGUCCACAGUGUUGCUGACCCUGAGGGCCUGGCGCCGAGGUGUUUGCCCUGCUGCGCCCUGUUGCUACCCUGCCCCACACUAUGCCCCGGCGUGUCAGGACCAGGAGUGCCAGGUUAGCAUGCUGCCGGCGGGGCUCCCCUUACCCCCUGACCUGCCCCCAGAGCCUGGAAAGACUACUGCACUGUGAUGGACGUAGGGGCUUUCCGGCCCCUCCUUCACCUCCUCCACCCUCAGACUGGAGCAGUCCUUCCUCACCACCCCUCAGCGGGGCACACAGAGGGACCUCUGCCCCACACCAGAAGUAUUAUUUUUUUAAUACACAGAAUGUAAGAUGGGAAUUUUAUCAAAUAAAACUAUGAAAGUGCA